AUUGGCUAACUCUUACUGUAUUUUUGUCUCCACAGUUCCUCUUCAUCAUGAAAAUCAGAUACGCCAAGAAGCCAUUGUUUCUUGUACUUGGAGCUUUGGGGAUUUUAAUGGUUCAUCUAUUUACAGACUCAAACAAUUCUCAAAAAGUUCAAGUUUUUAGGAAAAAGUUCCAAGAAAGUGUUGAAAGUGAUGCGGAGGAAAAGCCUACUCAACCUGCAAAAGUCAACUCCUAUGUGUACUCAUGGCCCAAGUGUGAACGAAACAUGUCUGCAGUCAAUAUCUCAGGCUUUAGCAGUCUCCCAGAGCACAUUCAAAACUUCCUCUACUAUCGCCACUGUAGGCACUUCCCCAUGCUCCUGGACAUUCCCAACAAAUGUGGAGGACCUGAAAAAUCAUCUGAAGUUUUUCUCUUGUUGGUGAUCAAAAGUUCACCUGGGAACUAUGAGCGGAGAGAGGUGCUGCGCAAAACAUGGGCCGAGGAGAGACAGCACGACGGUUUAUGGAUACGAAGGAUUUUUAUUUCCGGUACAGCAGGCGAGGAUCAGCAGAGAAAAAGGUUCGACAGGCUUCUUCAGGUGGAACAUAAGUUGUAUAGAGACAUCCUCCAGUGGGACUUUGCAGAUUCUUUCUUUAACCUUACUCUGAAGCAGAUUUUGUUUUUGGAGUGGGCAGAGAGAAACUGCCCCAACGUCCGCUUUCUAAUGAAUGGUGAUGAUGACGUUUUUGCCCACACAAACAACAUGGUUGAGUAUCUCCACAGCCUCCAGGACAAUGAUGGCAGCAAGCAUCUCUUUACAGGGCAUCUGAUACACUAUGUAGGUCCCAUAAGAUCACCAGGAAGUAAGUAUUAUGUUCCAGUUCAGGUGGAAGAAUCAAACUCGUAUCCUCCUUACUGCGGCGGAGGGGGCUUCUUACUGUCCGGCUACACUGCUUCAGUUAUUUAUAACAUGUCCAAGUCCAUUGUACUGCUUCCAAUUGAUGAUGUUUAUAUGGGCAUGUGCCUGGCCAAAGCUGGUUUAGGCCCUGAGGCACACCCACUGGUGAGGACUGCAGGAUUCCACAUUCCCUCCAAAGAGGAUGCAUAUGACCCGUGUUUUUACAGACAUGUCCUGCUGGUGCACCAAUUUCACCCCAUGCACAUGUUUCUCAUGUGGAACCAAGUACUCAAUCCAAAUUUGAAGUGCAGUAACAGUUUCGAAAUACUGACAUGAUAAAUUGUCACAUUUAUAUAUCGCUUUUCCACUUAAUACUCAAUAGGGGAUGUAAAGCUUUCUGUGUUUUGAGUUUUCUGUUAAAUGAAGUUGCACUUUCAUUAACGGCUGUUUGAGCAACCAAUUCUCAGCACUCCAAAAAAUUUAAUGUUGAUCCUAGAUUAAAAUAGUUAGCAAUCAAUUUAGUUAUAAUAAACUUUGAUUUUAAAGGUCCCAUCUCAUGCAAAAUUGAGACUGAACAAAAUACAACUCCAGGUAUGUUUUAGAUGAGGAAACGACAUUAUAACAUAGAUCAGAAAAUAGGAAAAUAGAAUAAUAAGGGCCCUUUAAGUUGAUUAGAUAUGUUAUAUAUAUAU